AUGGACCAUGUCUUUGAAGCCCAAAUUAUCACAGAACACGAUAAAAACGAUACUGUUUUCAUUCUGAAAAUUCCACUAAAACCAACAGACUGCUCCUACCCUAUGCAGAGACUUCAGUUCCCUCUCAAAUUCAGUUUCGCCAUGACAAUUAAUAAAACACAAGGUCAGUCACUGAAAGUUGUCGGACUGGACCUUCGAACAUCAUGCUUUUCACAUGGACAGUUCUACGUCGGUUGUUCCAUAGUUGACCAUCCAGACAACUUAUUCAUCUAUGCUCCUGAAGGAAAAACCAAAACUUUCGUCUACAAAGCAACCCUACAGUAUUUAUUCCUCUAUUGCAAUCUUCACAUCUACGCCAAACUGUAG